AUGGUACCACCAUUACAAAAUAAAAAACGAAAAAUAUUUUCAUUCUUGUUUUGUGGCAUAUCAUUAGAAAAAUGGUUAAAAUUAACAUCCGCAUUUCUUGUUUCACUCAUGAUUGGAAUAUUCACAAUUGUAACAACAUCACAACAAAAUCAUGUCGCUAAUUUAAAUCGUAUAAAAGAUUUAGAAAUAGCUAAUAAUCAGCGUCAGCAAGAUCAAGAACAAGCUGAUGAAUUACACAUAGAAACAGUUUAUGCCAGAUAUAUUACAGAAAUGAGUGAAUUAUUCAUGAAAAAAGAUCAUCCAAAACUAUCGAAAGACGAAAUGUUAGAACGUCUAAUAUUUGGACGUGCAAAAACGUUGACAACACUAAGACAAAUUGAUAUUAGACGUAAAAAUUUCCUAAUAUUCUUUUUAUACGAAGCUAAUUUACUGAAUGUUUCAAAAAAUCCAAUUGAUUUAACAGGUGCAAAUUUAACUGGUAUUAAUUUAGGUGAUGUUGGAUAUAGUUUAAAGUCUAUUAGUUUAAAAAAUUGUAUUCUAAUAAAUGCAUCAUUUUCUAUGUCUAAUUUGGAAUAUGCUAAUUUUUAUGGAUCAAUAUUAGAUGGUGCAAAUUUUUCAUAUAGUCGUUUAGGUAGGACAAAUUUUACGAAUUGUGAACUAAGUCGAACAGAUUUUCGUCAUUCAUUUAUUUAUGAUUCAUAUUUUGAUAAUGUGAAUAUGAGAGGUGCAUUAUUUCCUGAUUCAAUAAUACCCUUAAUAGACAAUGCAAUAGCACCAAAUGGAAGCUUUGUAUACAGUACAUAUAUGAAAGUCAGACGAACAAAUUUAGUUGAUAAUGGUGAACCAUUGUGUGCAAAUGUAUCAUUUCUAUCACUAAAACAACGAAAAUGGCUCUAUGUUGGUACAAACAAGCCAAUAGCGACAAUAGUCAGUUGUCAUUUUGAUAGACAAGAACAAUGUUGUUUUGGCGGGAGAAAGGAAAAUAAUGAUGAUCAAAAUUUAGAUGAAUAUUUAUAUCAGCAAAUUGAUGUGUUUGAUUAUUCACGUUUAAUCGAUUCUGGCAAGGCAAAAUAUAAUUUUUCAGCAUAUUUAGGUGGAAUGGAAUAUUAUAAUGAUUAUGCUUACAUGGACAUUGAAUUUAUGAUUAAGAAUGUACAUGUUGAUUCAAAUAAACCAGUUUUUCGUUUAGGCCCGGUAACAAAUACUGAACGACGAAAUCGUACCACAUUCGUGUACAGAGAAAAAAUUGAUGUAAUACCAAAAUAUACAAGACAAAUUACGAUAAAAAUGGUAUUUAAAAAAUAUAGUAACAAUUCAGAUUCGUCUGGACUGGUUCACAGUGUCAAAUUAUCAAUAACUGAUUUGAAUGAAAGCUAUGAAACAGACUUUUUAUAA